AUGGAGGUGCUGCACCUACGCGUGCGUGUGCUCUUCUUACCGCACGCGCUCGUGCCGAGGCACCUCCAUGCGCUCCUCCGCAUCCUGUUCUUCUCGCGCCCGGUUGGUGAGCGCUUUUGCCAGUGCUCGGUGGCUGUUGACGGCGUGAGCCUGAUCGGCAGCUCGGAUGAGCUGGAGUGCCUCCUCGCCCGCGAGGGCGUGCUGGUCGACCCCAACGAGUGGGCAGUGGUGCGCGUCUGCGAGGGCCAGAGCGGCUUCGAGUCGGUCGGCGUGAUCGAGCGAAUCACCGGGCCGCUCGCCGCCGCGGCGGUGCCCGUGUUGUACGUCACCACGUUUGCCGACGACUUUGUGCUCAUCCCCGCCUCGCGCGUCGCUGACGCGACCGCGUGUCUCGGCGCCGCCAGCUGGCGCUCUCUCUAG